UGUAAAUGUGAAACUGUAAAUGGCCUUUUUGGUUUAAGUAAAAAUCACGAUUAAUUUAACCAUGGAAGAUGAGGAAUUAGUAGGUUGCAUCAGCUGCAUGAGUAGCAAUGAUUUAUGCGACCUAUUUGUUGUCGACUCUGAUAACGAAGAUAGUUAUGGGAAAAUGUUUGAAACAUGCUUUGGUAUCAAGAUCGAUGGUAACCUGAAAUAUAUCUGUGCCAAUUGCAUAGAAAAAUUGGAGAUAGCUACAGCCUUCAAACAGCAGACCUUGAACACUAUAUCUGUCAUGAAAAGCAUAAAAGACGAAGAAUAUCUGGAUGAGAAUAUUUUGGAAGAGGAAACGAGAGGCGACAGCGACGAAGUGAAGCCUGGUUGUGAUACUUUGGAUGAGGAGCACGCGAUUCAGACCUUGGACGAGACGCGUUGUAUCUACUGCGAGCUGCAACUGUCUUCGGUAGACGAAGCCCACGAACAUAUCAGAUCGAUACACGAGGUCGAACCACGCACCGGCAUGCCUCUGAGGAAGUGUCUCCUCUGUGGAGAGCCGAUGAAAGACCCAGCUGAGCAUGUCAACCAAUGCCAAAACAUAAAAACGGAGAUGGAAAGCCGUCAGUACUCGUGCCACUUCUGUGAAAACGUGUACAGUAGCAGGAAGGCUUGCUUCACACAUCUUCGGAUGAAACAUGGGCUGAAAUUCAUCAUUGACCAAACAAUGAAGAACGUGUCAGGGGAGCGCAAGAAAUGCCCCAUGUGUACCCGGGACUUUAGCCAGAAGCAGAUCCUCAAUAAGCACCUGUGGAAGGCCCAUGGCUUAGAGGUGGAAAAGCGGAAAGCCUUCAUCUGUCCUCUCUGCGAUGAGCGGGUCAGCUACGGCUCACACUUUAGCGCCCACCUCCUCCACACGCACAAGGUGUGCGAGCAGGUGGAACAGUUAGAAUUUUACAACAUGGAUGAUUUCCUCCUGUUCAAAAGCGCCAUUCAAGAGGAGACGAAGUACCGCUUCAGGAAGACGACGGCGAGCAAACAGACAAUAGAGGGAGUCCGUUCCCACUACAUGUGCAGCCAAUCUGGAGUCUAUGUCUACCAGGGUAAAGGCAAGCGUCCGGCGCCAGAGCGCCAAAUCUACAAGACUGGCAAGGCUUGCCCGGCGCACAUGAUCGUGACGGAGACCUUGGACAGAGUACUUGUAACCUUCUACAAGACUCAUGUUGGACAUGGCCCAUGCCCGUAUUACGAGCCGCGGGAGCCGAAGAAGGUGAAAACGGAGAAUCAGACCAGCGACUGCGACGGCGCGGACGGCGGCCACGCCUGGGUCUGCGACACGUGCGGGCUGCGCUUCGUCAGCGGCUCCAAGUUCAACCUGCACGUGGCCGGCCACGGCCUCGGCCUGCUCCCCUGCCAGUACUGCGGGGAGGAUUUCAGAGACAUUGAAGCCUGGACAGAACAUAUACAAACACAGCACAACGCUGGAUCUUCAUAUGAAUAUAACAAUUACAAUGUCAUUUAAGAAUAAUCAAUGUGUGACCGCGUUUUGUUGACCUACCGCAGGUUGUAGUGGUGUUGCAAAAUAUGGUGCAUACAAAUCGA